UUAAUACUGCCUGUGCUGGUCAGUGAUUGUAAUCCCUCCUGGAGUCAUGUGUUACACCCACCACAGUAAUAAUUACAGCUGCAGUUACCAUCUGCUUUUCUGUCUUUCUUCUCUAACCCCUUAAUUUAAACUUGUCUGGAGCGAAGUCCUUUUAUUUUAAAGUGAAUCUCUGAGUUUUUCCCCACAUCAGCUGCUACUUUUGCUUCUGCUUUUUUUUAAUAUGUGUAUAUUUGUUCCCCAAAAGUUUGCUGUGUUUUAUCCCUCAGGCCCACAGUGAUGGCAACCAAAGUAAUUCUCGAGCAGCUGAUCACAAAUGCUGACAGACUAAACAGUUUGGUGGAUGAAGCGAAAGAGAUGGCUUUUCAACAUGGGAUUUUAUUACGGACACCUGAGACCCCCAAUUCAUCUGAGGUCGUUAGCUUUGCCCCGUUUACACUCUUCCCCUCUCCUGUGCCCGAAGCCCCCCUCCUCCAGGCUCUGGCAGUGCACACUCACUUUAACACACUGGUGGACAAGAUCAGCCAGGACCCAGACUUUCUGCAAGAGGCCCUUGACGGGACUAUCCAGGCAGAUGAUUUCGUAGCCAAGUUGUUUGACAUAUACAGAAAAGUGCAGCAGGAGGAUCGGACACAGUCCAUUGUGGUGGGACUGAACCGGUCUGACUACAUGGUGGAUCAGAGGGCGGAUCGAACGUCCUCCCUGAAGCAAAUAGAGAUCAACACUAUUGCUGCCGGUGGUUUCGGCGUAUCUGACCGCCUCUCCGUUGUGCACAGGCACACGAUGAAGUCAGUUGGUCUGUUGGAAGAGAGCAAGUGUAUCCAGGACACCAGCAGGACUCCUCGAAUGAGUGCCGCUCUCGCCAAGGCCUGGGAGCUCUACGGACAGCACAAGGCAGUGAUUCUGUUUCUGGUUGAGGAGGUCCAGUUGAGCCAACUCAGCCAUCGAACCAUCGAGAGGGAGCUUUGGAAGAGGAAUAUUCCUGUUGUCCGCAGAAGGUUUGACGAGGUGUCGAGAAGAGGAUCUCUCGAUGCCGACAAAAGAUUGUUUAUAGAUGGAUUGGAGGUAGCUGUUGUUUACUACCGCUACGGCUACAUGCCAGACCAUUACACUGAACAGACUUGGGACACUCGUCUUCUCAUGGAGCGCUCUCUGGCCGCAAAGUGCCCAGACAUCAGCACUCACCUGGUAGGAACCAAGAAGGUCCAGCAGGUGCUCGCAAGACCUGGAGUGCUGGAGAGGUUCUUCCCCGACCAGCCUCAGGUAGUGGAGCAGAUCAGAGCGACGUUCGCUGGCCUCUACACUUUAGACAUGGGUCCAGAGGGAGACCAGACUGUGGCCAUGGCUUUGGCCAACCCAGACAAGUUUGUCCUGAAGCCUCAGAGAGAAGGAGGCGGGAACAAUUAUUUUGGAGAGGACAUUGUCCGAGUACUACAGGAGGUUAAAGGUGAUGAAAGGAGAGCUGCUUAUAUUCUGAUGGACAGGAUCCGACCCAGGAUAGAACAAAACAUCCUGCUGAAGAAAGGACUUCCACUCAAGCUCACCUCUAUUUGCUAUGAAAUAGGAGUUUACGGAGCCUAUGUGAGGCAUGGACAAGAGAUGGUCCUCAGUGAGGUUGCUGGUCACACUUUAAGGUCAAAGAGCGCCGAAUACGACGAUGCAGGAUUGACGCGUGGAAUCACUACGUUUGACAAUCCUCUCAUCAUCUAAACACUACCUAUGGAAUCUGUGGGGGCCGUGAGAGGUCAGCUUCAGGAAACACAUGCGGAUAGACAAAACACAAUCAAAUGAAAACCUAUCAUAAAUUUGGAAACAUGAACACAAUGUUCAGAAAUAAACAGUACACAACAAAAACAGAAAACACUUUCUGUUGUGUUUUUUGUUCUGUUUUCUGUAUUGAGAUGUUUUCAGUGAUUGCUUUUGUUUUACCCAAGUGUUGCACUGGAUUGGGCUCUCAGGGCCACCGUAGCAGGAAAUGCAGUAAAAUAUUAACAGAGAUAAAUGUCUGGCUCUCCCAUCAGUUUAGGAGAGAACUAACUUGGAAUUAACUUUCCUCUGUAGUUUUCGUACAUGUCUAGAAAUGGAGAAACAUCUGCAGUUCCACAGUGUGAACACCGGGUGGCGGCAAAACCAAAGAAUUUUUCCACUCGCAGUGAACACACACCAGGAGAUCUGCAAAGUUCAAACCAAGCAAACAAGGCCACAGGGUUCAUGUCUGUUGUUGUGCAUCACUGAUUUAAUCUUAACCAUGCUUUGAUCUUUAUAAGAUUCUCAUAUGUUUUUUAAUGUAAAAUCUUAAUUUGAAAACUAACGAGUAAACAGUAAGAGUAAGUACACCUACUAUUUAUGGUACGAUGUUGAUAAUGAUGUUGAAAUAUUGCUUGCUUGCCCUCUUGUUAAUGAUCCCGAUACAAUAAUGACGUCUACAUACACUUUGCCUUUCUACCAAUGAAACGUUUGACCCCAUGUGUCAAUAAUUAAUCUUUGAGUGUAUGUGCACGCGUUAAACAAGAGGUGGAUCAAAGAACGGGCUAUCAUGGCCUCUGACAGUUCUAGAUUCUGAUUGGCUGAGAGGUGUGGAUUAACUUUAACAAGGUUUGUGUUUUAACCUUUUAGUUCCAGAUAAUCCAUCCAGCGUUUUGACUGCCUACUGUCUACUACCUCCAUGAGUUUCUGUAUCAUAGGUGUUUCACUGUCAACUUACUAACAGUUAUUCCACAACUUCCAGCCAAUCAGAGUCUACUCUGGUACAAGUAAAGGUUAAUAUCUUACUCUCCCGUCAUCCAUUACAAACAUAAAACUUACACCUCCUCGGGUAUUAUCCCUUUCACAAAAUCCACUCCAAUCCAGCCUCGAACAGCACCACUGUGUUACUGUUAUACUGUCCACUUCCUGUUUUUGUUUCUUCUUCGUUAUUCGAAGUCUUUGGUGCUGACUUGCAAAUGUGACACAUUCCAGUUAGCAUCCCAGGUCAUCAAACAGAGAUAGGGGUCAUUGUCAGCGAGGACCGUCGGCACCAGAGAAUCUCCCACAGGAAACACACCAGCAUGUGCUUUUUUUUAGCUGUCAGAGCAGCUAGAGAAAAAUACCUCUUUGUUUUGUUCCCUGAUUCUGUUGUCCAAGAGAGAAGGUGAAUGUAAGGUUACAAUAGCCUAGUUUACAUGUGUAAAAUUUGAAUUGUCUCAAUUGUUUUUUUUUUUUUUUUUUUGUGUGUUCAGUGUCACAUGAUUAUUGUGGGAAGUUCAAACCAGCCGACUUGAGCGUUUGUUUUACUUCUGGCUGAUGUGUCUGUUCCAUUUUCAUUCUUUAGAGUAUGUCUGCAAGAUUUGCACUUUAAAAUCACUUUCCAGUGUCAAACAAGGACAGCGGUAUUGGAGCUGAGCAGCCUGCUGAUGGAUUGAAUUAUGCUCCUCCUGAUUUACAGUUUAUUAGAUCUGUAUGUGCAGACUGGGGGGAAAAGUUCAGCAGAAAUUUGGUAGAUCCACCAACUCCCAAGUUUUGUUUUCUCUUCAAAUCCCACUACUCAGCUGUGACCGCUCACAGUCCAGCUCCAGACCAAACAUUCUCAGUGUAAUAAGCCACUUACACAAGCAUUGGCCCAGUUAGCUGGCGACCUCUCCCUCUUAAGUGCGAGUAGAAUGUGUGGAUUAGAGUGUGUGCCACACAGGCAGAGGACAGAGGAAGUGAAUCAGGAUGUGGGUCAUGGCAGGAUGAAAGUGGGUCAGAGUCACCCUGCUCUUCUCUACUCUGCUCCACAAUGAGGAAGGU